CUGACACGCACUCGAGCCCCCGUCACCUCUCACCUCAGUUACCGCUAUUCUUUCUCUCUUCUCAGGCGGUGCAAUUUGUUGCAAUUCCGGGUGCCAAUUGCCAUCCAUAAGAUUAGUAGCUGGAGUACCAUAAAACAUCGUUCCUCAUUUCAUCGUAGAAUUGAAGUAUAUCGUAUCGAGCAGGAUUAGAGAUAGAUAGCACCGUGUCACGCACCAAUAUUCACACGCAGCGGCAUGGUGCAAGGUACAACGCCGCAGGUAUCUCCCCAGCGCCAACGCAGCACUCCAAUACCUGCAGCACGAUGGGGCUCCAAGUACAUGUACCGUCAUCCCACACCCAACACAGCGCAACCACCAAUCGUCCCCAAAGAGCAUCGACGUCGACUUUUUCGCAACUUCUCCCUCUGCAGGUUCCAACCUCUCCCUCCUCCACCCUCAUUGAGGCCUGUAUAUUGAUCACGACUUUGUUUCUGCCUCAUCUUCCUUUUCCUUCCUCCGCGCCCACGACUCUGCUCUGCUUGCACCGGCCUUGGGCGGCAAUUCUUCGCUAAAAGCUCCAUCCUGGGUCGCCGACUUUCCGCACACGAGCCAGCGGAGCAAAUCCUCGCAACUCUCUUGUGCCUCCACCCCGUUUCUCGACGCUGAGGAGGUGUUAGUCCAGUUUUUCUCGCAGCAUCAUAUUGUAAUACAGGCUACUGGAUCUUUUCUUCUUCUUUUGCCGUUUCCUGGCUGCACUCACUUUUUUUUUUUUUCUCCAUCCCCUCUCACACUGCAUCGUUGCCUCCCCCGGCACCGCUCAACAAGAAGCCACCACGUCACCUUGGCCUUUUUUUCCUUGACCGAUUGACUUUCAAGACCAGCUUCGACGAGCGUCUACUCUCCAUUCAUCGCAUUUCCACCUGACGAGCGGCGUU